UUACAUCUUUAUAUUUUAGAUAACCCUGUUAUAUUGAAUGACGGAACACAACUUUGAUUUUCCAUUUACUUCCUAAAAAACGAAGAUUUUUUUUUAUAUAUUAAACGAAAUUAAGAAUGAAAAUUGGGAAUGUGUCAAAAGAGUCAACAAAAUCCACACACUAAGUUCAAAUCUGUAUAUAUAAAAGAUUAAACCCACGUACUUUUUAUGUGUAUCGAUUUAAGUCACAUGCUACAUGUAUUACAGCUUUCGUUUUCGUGUAAACUCAAAAUAGGAUGUCAUCAUUUCAAUAAGAUAAGAUUCAAGAUAUUCGUGAUUGUAGAUAACGUCAGCUUUAUCGAUUAACGCAACACAAGAUUAAAGUUAAACACUGCGAUUUUUAGAAAAUCAACUCAGACACUAAUGUGCAUAUGACUUUAUCAGUUGAAGAACGUACUGGAAACGUCUUUUAAUAUUAUUGAUUAUGAAUACAGACGAAUGAAGCGUUUGUUAUCAUAGUUGUUCAGAAAAAAGAAAGUACAAUUACAAGCACUCUGUAUGGGAAGAAAUUGAAAACACUACAACGUUUAAGAUUGGAAACGUAUUCAGCUAUAACAUGUCUGAUAGUCUUUGCACAAAAGCACACGAGCUUGAAAAAAACUUGAAUGAAUGGAUAAAAUGUAAAGAUGAAGCUGUGAAGGCAUUAAAAGAUCUGGCAGUGAAUCUAGACGAACAUUUCCAAAAUAUAUGCAAAGCAAAAAUUGCUGGAUCAACUACUUCUCUUGGUGGCGGAAUAUUGGCUGUUGUAGGAUUUGGAUUGUCAUUUGUGACAUUUGGUGCGUCAUUAGGUCUCACUAUAGCAGGUAGUGUAAUAGCAGGAGCUGGGGGUAUCACGGUCGGAGGAUCCAUGAUUACAGACGCCGUGCUUUCAAAACAAAGAAGAGAGGCAGCACAAGUUAUAUUAGAUAAGUAUAACGAGCUUGUUGAAACUAUAAAAGAAGAAUGCAUUGAGAUAGGUGAAAUGCUUAAAGAAAAAGAUGAGAAAAUGGAGCAGUAUCCACAUUGGAUGGAUUUUUGGAGCAAGCUUGCUUUCGGAGCUGGAACGACAACCAAGUGUAUUACAUGGGAUAUAUUAGCAAAGACAAUAUUGGCUUCAUUACGUAUAACUGCAUCGUACGCCGAUGAUGCUUUAGCCGUUGGUGCAAGAGCAGGCGCUUCUGCUUUUCGAACAAUUGGAUCUACUGCUGGACAAGGUCUUCAUAUUGCUGGUGGUGUCGUAGGCAUACUUGUUAUGCCUCUAGACAUUUAUACACUUGUGGAUUCCGCUAUUGAUAUUCAUAAGAAUAAUCCACAUAAAGUAUCUGAAAAAAUAAGAGAAUGGGCUGACCAUAUCGACAAAUCAUGUCCAACUAAAUGGGACAUCGAAGUUAUGAUGGACAAAACAUUCGAGCAACAGUUAUGUUUUCAAAUCAUGUAAACAUGUAAGUGACAUUCAGCUAUAAAAGAUACUAGUAUCUGGAAUUCAUGGAAAAAUGACCAAUGUGUUUUUGACUUAUAUUGAUAAAUAUGAAUUUACAUCUUAUUAAAUGCUUUAAAUAAUUUA